CCUAACCAACCAAGGAAUUAUAAACAAGCGGGAGCCUGAGUGUCUGACGCUUUGAAGGGAAGAGUGUGUGCGAGAAGUGAACAAAUUAAGGGAAGAAAGCGCUUUCCAGCAAAUUUAGUCCCGAAAAAGCCCAUAAUUCAGCGAUUUCUCCUUCUUAUUUAACUCAAUCGUUACCUCACGCGAAUUGCAGUAAUAAGAGAAGCGAUUCAAGAGGUGCAGGUGUCGGACUGGGGGGUUUGGGGCACUUGUCGAAGCUCGUAAAGAUGGACGACGGGGUUGUUCAGCGAGUUUUUCAAGAAGGAGGCCGAGACUACGAAUCAUCUUCUACUUCUUCCGUUCUCCAAUCUCUUCCCCUUCAUGCGUCUUUUGAUCAUGGGUAUUACUUGUUAGUAAAAUCCAUUCAAGAACUCAGACAGAAAAAAGAUGGUCUUGUUACUGUUGGUAUUGGCGGUCCUAGUGGUUCUGGCAAAACAAGCUUAGCUGAGAAGGUUGCAUCUGUAAUUGGUUGUACUAUUAUCUCAAUGGAGAACUAUCGUGAUGGUGUUGAUGAAGGGAAUGUUUUGGAUUCAUUAGAUUUUGAUACAUUGGUACAAAAUCUUGAGGACUUGACAAAAGGCCAAGAUACUAUGAUGCCGGUGUUUGAUUACCAACAAAAGAAACGCAUUGGUUCAAAGGCAAUAAAAAGUUCUUCAUCUGGGGUGGUUGUAGUUGAUGGUACCUAUGCUCUGAAUGCAAGAUUGCGCUCUUUGCUAGACAUACGGGUUGCAGUGGUUGGUGGUGUUCACUUUAGUCUCCUUUCUAAAGUCCGAUAUGACAUUGGGGAUUCUUGUUCCCUGGAUUAUCUUAUUGACAGCAUUUUCCCAUUGUUCAGAAAGAACAUUGAGCCAGACCUACAUCACGCACAAAUUAGAAUAAACAACAGCUUUGUUUCAUCAUUUAGAGAAGCAAUCUACAAGCUGAAGUGUAGAAGUGAGACACCAGACAGGCAUUCUGCCUUUGCCUUUCAAGAAAAUGAAGCAAAAACGGAUAAUUUUAUUGAGAUGUAUCUUAGGCCUCCAUCAGCAAGUGAAGAGGCGCGGAUAAAUGAUUGGAUUAAGGUGCGUCAAUCUGGUAUAAGGUAUUAUCUAUCACUUGGGGACCAGAGGAUUGUGGACAAAAAUUUCAUAAUCAGGCCAAAAGCUGAAUUUGAGGUUGGCCGUAUGACACUUGGUGGAUUGCUGGCUUUGGGGUACAAUGUUGUUGUCAGUUAUAAACGGGCAUCAAUAUCUGUUAAUAUUGACAGUCUUUCAUUAUCACGUGAAACCAUUGAUACUCUUGAUGAGACGUACAUGGUGCUGAGGGGCACAAAUAGGAAAACAGUUGGGGCUGAAGCAUUAAAGCUAGCUAUCAAUGGACCGUGGAUCACCAAAUCAUAUCUGGAGAUGAUUCUUGAGAGAAAAGGUGUACCACGACUUAAUACACCGCCACCUAUUUCCAGCACAUCUGUAGUUACCAAUCAAGAAAGGAUGAUCGCUGCCCCAAGGCCAAUUCGUACGACUUCAAACCUUGUUACUCGGCUUGAAGACCUAUCUCAGCCUUGGACACGAUCCCCAACAAAAUUGAAAAUGGAACCUGUAUUAGCAGCAUGGCAUUUCAUCUCAUCAGAUACAUUGCAUGCUGAUAGCUCAGUAAUAGGCUUCUCUCGUGAAACAACCACAGAUUCUUCUUCUUUCAGGGAUACAAUAAAGCUUGCUCCAAUGCCUGAUUCAUAUGAUCUAGAUAGAGGACUGCUGCUUUCAGUUCAAGCCAUACAAGCUUUGUUGGAGAAUAAAGGUCUCCCUGUUGUAGUUGGAAUUGGAGGUCCAAGUGGAUCUGGGAAAACUAGUCUGGCUCAUAAAAUGGCAAAUAUUGUUGGUUGCGAAGUGGUUUCCCUUGAAAGCUAUUUUAAAUCUGAACAAGUGAAGGAUUUUAAGUAUGAUGACUUUAGCUCUCUUGAUCUAUCUUUGCUUUCUAAGAACAUUGCUGACAUUCGGAACCGUCGAAGAACAAAAGCACCCAUUUUUGACUUGGAGACUGGUGCUCGUAGUGGCUUCAAGGAUCUUGAAGUUUCUGAAGAUUGUGGCGUGAUAAUUUUUGAAGGCGUUUAUGCUCUGCAUCCUGAGAUACGAAAGUCACUUGACUUGUGGAUUGCUGUUGUUGGAGGUGUUCAUUCGCAUCUGAUUUCUCGAGUUCAGAGGGACAAGAGUAAAGUGGGAUGUUUCUUAUCUCAAAAUGAGAUCAUGAUGACGGUGUUCCCAAUGUUCCAGCAGCACAUUGAACCUCAUCUUGUUCAUGCACAUCUUAAGAUUCGAAAUGACUUUGAUCCGGUGCUUUCCCCUGAGAGUUCGUUGUUUGUUUUAAAGACUAACAAGCAAGUGGCUUACCAAGAUAUUUUAAAAGUCCUAGAUCCUGCAAAGUUUUGUAGUUCCAUUCAGAAUUUCAUUGAUAUAUACUUGAGGCUUCCGGGAAUCCCGACUAAUGGGCAAUUUACAGAGAGUGAUUGUAUACGUGUCAGAAUAUGUGAGGGUAGAUUUGCAGUGCUUAUACGAGAGCCCAUAAGAGAGGGGAAUUUCAUCAUUCAGCCCAAAGUGGACUUUGAUAUUAGCAUCAGUACAGUGGCCGGCCUUCUUAACCUUGGGUAUCAAGCUGUAGCAUAUAUUGAAGCAUCCGCGUUCAUCUACCAGGAUGGAAAGAUUCUUAUUGAGGUUGAUCAUCUACAAGGUUCCCCUAGCCCUUACCUUCAGAUCAAAGGGGUUGAUAAGGAUGCUGUGGCUGCUGCUGGUUCAAUGCUUAAACUGGAUGGCUCAUAUACAACAAAGAGUUAUCUUCAAAUAAUUUUGGAAAGACUACCUUCCGUUGAGAGGAGUUCAAGCGGAAUCCAUGCUCAGCAAGCUGCGAGAUUGCAGUAACUUGUUGAGUUCAUACAAUCUCAGGGAAGCAGUUCAGCUUCAGAAUCCUCACAAAGUAGGGAGGCUUCUCCGCUGGAAGGCAUAAUUGAAGACAUGCAGUCUAGGAUUAGAAGGCUUGAACGACGGCAUACUAUUAACACGGUACUAUGGACUUUCUUGAUGUCUGCUCUUGUUGGUUAUUCACUUUACCAGAGAAAGCGAAAAGAAUACUGAUUAUGGCUUGUCGAGCCAUAGGAUUUUGCUUUGUGAAAGAGAACGUUCUCGUUGAAUUUCUCAUGGGAGUUCUUUGAACUGGUUACUUGGAUUCUUAACACAGUAUACAGGAAUUUGAAGUCCGGGAGCUACUAACAAGAGAGUUACAUUCCUCCCUUGGCUGUUGACAGUGAGGUACUUUUAACUUCAAAGCAAAACCUUUUUGGUUGCUCAGAGUUGUGAAUUCUUAAUUGUGAGGGGUGGGUGUUUGGAGAGGGCGAUUAUAAGAAUCAAAGAUAGGAUAUGCUCUUUAUGCGUUGAAUUUGUGUUGGUAAUGAGAAUUUUGAUCCCUUUAUAUGUUUCUCCACGUAUUUUACGUAUUAAUGUGAUUGACUCAAGUCAAGCGGAA